CUGCAGUCGGAAAUAUGUUUAUUUGCUUCCCCAGCAAUGGGCAUAGCUCCCCACAGGGAUUAAAUUGAAGCUUUGCCUCGACAACUCCAAUGGCUGUUUCAAUCUCCGGCGUCGUCAUUCCCUUGUCAAGGAUCCGGGUCCAGGCUGACUUCCCAUCCUACAAAAAAUCUCCAGCGCCAUUGUCCCUCGCCUGUAACAAGUCUCUAUCGAUAGCCGCAGAACCAGCUACAAGAAAAUCUACAAUAUGCAAGGUCUUGUCCGAAUCCGACUCGACCUUGUCGUCGAUGGUCACCGAGCUCGAGAGGGAACGAGUACGAGUAAGUGGAGACGAAGAACAAGAAGCUGACAAGGCGCAUUCCAAAGAAUCCCACGACGCGGGACUGCCUUAUGUUUGGCGCGACAUCCACGGGGAGAACGACUGGGUUGGGCUUCUUGACCCCAUGGACCCACUUCUACGAUCAGAACUGAUUCGCUACGGCGAAAUGGCUCAAGCCUGCUACGACGCUUUCGAUUACGACCCCUUUUCCAAGUACUGUGGGAGCUGCCGAUUCACGCGUGGCAAGUUCUUCAAGUCCCUGGGAAUGAAUCAACUCGGCUACGACGUCACGCGCUACCUCUACGCCACCCCAAACAUCAACCUCCCCAACUUCUUCAAGAAGUCCCGAUGGCCCAGAAUGUGGAGCAAUGACGCUAACUGGGCGGGAUAUGUCGCCAUCUCCGAUGACCGAGCUACCAAAAGACUGGGCCGCAGAGACAUAACGAUUGCAUGGAGAGGAACUGUGAGCCGGCUGGAAUGGAUCGUGGACUUGAUGGAUUUUCUCAAACCCAUCUCCUCCAACAACAUCCCCUGCCCGGACCAAACAGUGAAAGUGGAAUCCGGUUUUGUGGAUCUCUACACCUCGAAGGACGACGCGUGCCGGUUCUGCAGAUACUCGGCGAGGGAGCAGAUCUUGGCAGAGGUAAGGCGGUUGCUAGAAAUGUACGAAGACGAGGAACUGAGCAUAACGAUCACGGGCCACAGCCUGGGGAGCGCGCUGGCUGUAUUGAGCGCUUACGACAUAGUGGAAACGGGGUUGCACGUGAAGAAGGAUAGCAGAGCAGUGCCGGUCUCGGUGUUUUCGUUUUCUGGUCCGAGAGUGGUGAACGUGAGGUUCAAGGAGAGGUUGGAGUGCCUGGGAGUGAAGGUUCUGAGGGUGUUUAACGCGCACGAUAUUGUGCCCAAGUCACCUGGGUUUCUGUUCAACGAGCAGGUGCCGUCGAUGCUGAUGAAGUUGGCCGAGCCUUUGCCGUGGAGCUAUUCACACGUUGGGGUGGAGUUCCAGUUGGACCAUCACAGCUCGCCGUUUCUGAAGCCCACCAACGAUCCUGUUUGUGCCCAUAACUUGGAGGCUCUCUUGCAUUUGAUUGACGGAUACCACGGAAGAGGGGAGAGAUUUGUGCUGGCGAGUGGGAGGGACCCUGCACUGGUGAACAAGGCGUGCGACUUCUUGAAAGAUCAUUACUUGGUGCCGCCUAACUGGAGGCAAGACGAGAACAAGGGCAUGAUCAAGAACAGGGACGGACGAUGGGAACAGCCUGAACGCCCUAAACUCGACGAUCACCCUCACGACAUUCAUCAUCAUCUCUGCCAGUUAGGCCUUGCUUCCUCUGAUUUUUAAACACUGGUACUACGGACUACCCCCCAAAUGCACCUUUCCCUGUUUCAAUAUAUGUCUAGCAAGUUUCUGCAAUAUCCGUAUAAAUUUUGAACAAGUGCCUACCUCGGUGGAUCCUUGUACAAUAAUGGAUACACCUGCCAGGGAAUAUAAUAAUGCAUCAGGCUCUCCUGUAUCACGUUUUGAUUUUCGUUUAUAUAUUAGUUGUUGUUGGACUUA